AUGAACACAGCAGCGACUGGUGCAGACGAUGCCUUUGACUUCCUCUUCAAGAUUGUACUGAUCGGAGAUUCCAAUAUUGGCAAAACGUGUGUGGUCCAUCGUUUCAAAACAGGACUAUUCAUUGAGAAACAACAGAAUACCAUUGGAGUCGACUUCAUCGUAAAAACAUUGGAUAUUGAGGGCAAGAGAGUAAAGGUGCAGGUAUGGGACACAGCUGGACAGGAGCGAUUUCGGACCAUCACACAGAGUUACUACCGCAGUGCACACGGAGCCAUGAUUGCCUAUGACAUCACCAAGCAAUCCUCCUUCAACUCGGUGCCACACUGGGUAAACGAGAUCCAGAAAUAUGGUGCUGCAAACGUCGUCCAGAUGUUAAUCGGAAAUAAAGCUGACCUGAAGGAAAGACGUGAAGUUCCCUUCGAGGAGGCCUGUAACGUGGCCGAGAAAUUUGGGCUAUUGGCCGUGCUGGAGACGUCAGCCAAAGAAGCGCAGAAUGUCAAUGAGGCCUUUCUGCUGAUGACCCGUGAGCUGCUGGCAAGGAACGGGCUCCACUUGCCCAGUGAGAGCACUCGGAGUACUCUGCAUUUAGACUCCCGGCCGCUCAACACCACCGUGCCCACUGAGAGAAGCUCCUGCUCCUGUUCCCCACGGUGAGCAGCGCAGACAAUUUCACCUGGGAGCCCAGUUUGGAUUCUGUAGGAUUACAGUCUCUGGAAUUAUUGGCUCCAUCUGCUGGAGCACGCUGAAGCCAACAGUGCUCGGCUGAUGGUUGGGAUUACAAAUAAAACUUGAGCUACAGUAACACCAGAAGAUUGUUCCUUCGAUAUCUGGUCAGCUAUCUCUUCAAGACUAUGCAUCCGAUUAAAACCUAUGUCAUUUCAUGGAGCUUUACUGAAAAGCAUUUGAAAAGUUAGGUGCAAGUCUUAAGGGAGCAGCUCACAUUCCCAUGAGACAACCAGCAAAAUUAGUUCCACUAGACAUGUAUGUGACUCAGGAAUCAGGGUGAUAGGUGGGGCAUAACUUCAAAUAAAGUCAUGUUCCCAAAUUGGAGGCUCUUGCUUGUUUCCUUCUUGCAUCCAUGCUGCUGGAAAUGCAAAGUUGACGAUUCUCUGAGGUACAUGCACAGCAAAUUUUGGUAUAGCUCCUCGCACAGAGUGACACUCCCUCAGCACUAACCCUCCGACAGUGCGGUGCUCCCUCAGCACUGACCCUCCAAUAGGAGGGUCACAUGUUCAGCACUGACCAUCUGAUAGUUGGCACUCCCUCAGCACUUACCUUCUGACAGUGCGGGGCUUUCUCAUCACUGACCCUCUGAUAGUGCAACCUUCCUCCA